AUGGAUACACCAGUGGAAGCCGACAAAAAAGUUUUAUGUACACAGUAUGCCUUAACAAGAAUACUGGAUAAUGAAGGAGAAAUAACUAAACGUGUCAGGGAAGAGCUACGACUCCCAGAAGAAAAAGGAACCGAAGGAGUCGUGAUACAUAUGGGACAACGAAAAACAAAGAAAGGAAAAGUAACGAUAGAAAAAAAACUUGUCGAAAAUAUCGGCUUUUACGGAAGGCAACAACAAUACCGAUAUACCUGGAAAACUCUUCAGCUAGGAGACGAAAUAGAUGAACAUGAAAACCUACGAAAAAGUAAAUACUCAGAAAUAUUAAAAAAACUUAUUAAAGAAAUAAAACUACCAAUAAUAUUGGGAACACCAAAAGAGUUACUUCAAGAAGACUUUGAAAUAUUAAAAGGACAAAACGAAUUGAACGUACUAAAAAGUUUAAAACGACUAAUAUCGGAUGAAGAAGAAGAAAACCUACGAAUCCGUCAGAGGAAGACCAAGAAUAUGAUGAAACGAACGGAUAACGAACCAUGGCACCGAUUAGCGGCACAAUGGAUAAGAGAAACAUACGGGGAACCAAAACCUCCAGAAAAUUUAAUCAUAUGGUUUGGACCAAAAGGAGUCAGUAAAGUGGAAGAAAAACGGAAAGAAGAAUUCAUUGACCAAAGUGAAUGGGAAAUAUUAUACGGGAAGAUCGAGGCUGGAAAAGAUAGAAAAUCCGAAACCGCUAAAGAACAAGUAUUGGAAUAUUUAAUGCUUCAAAUAAACGUUAUAAAGAUUACUUGUUAUAAUUUUUUUACUGCUCUAUUACUCUAA